AUGAAAAUCACAUUUGAUGAUUUACCAAUUGCUGCUGAUCGAUCACAACUAAUUUCAAAUAUGUACAGAGGACUCAUAUGGACUGAUAUUGCGUAUGGAAACGAAUUAUUUUGGAAGAUCAGACAACCUAAAAGUGGAUAUGUUACUUCCUUCAAACGUGGAGGUAGUCGACAUAUUGCAUUUUUUAAGGAUAAUGCAUCGAUUAGCGCUGGAAGUCGUAAUCGCAAGUUUACUUUUGUUUCUGUUACUGCAUGUGCUGCUUGGAAUGAUGAUCUACAAUUAACAAUUAUGGGAUAUCGAAAUCCUACAAGGACUAACAUACAUACAACAAAUCUUGUCUAUGGAAAACCACAACUUAUUCUCCUUCAUUGGAAAGACGUAGACAAGGUCAUCUUUACAUCAUCUGGCGGUACACCUCAUCCUGGUAAUGGUGGAGCAACAGGGAGUCAUGUUGUGUUAACUCAGCUUACAAUAUAUUAA